CUCACUGCGAGAAGGAGGAGGCAGAAACCGCUACUUCUAGACCCAUUUCGUGGUUCAAACUUAAACCCUAGCUCUCUCUCUCUCUCUCCUUCUCUUCCUCAACCAUGGCAGCGAUGCUGCAACCUCAGAUCAUACUGCUCAAAGAAGGCACAGACACUUCGCAAGGAAAGCCACAACUUGUCAGCAACAUCAAUGCCUGCACCGCCGUCGCCGACGUCGUCCGAACCACUCUCGGACCUCGCGGCAUGGACAAGCUCAUCCACGACGACAAAGGAAGCGUCACCAUCUCCAACGACGGCGCCACCAUCAUGAAACUCCUUGACAUCGUUCACCCCGCCGCUAAAAUCCUCGUCGACAUCGCCAAGUCUCAGGACUCUGAGGUUGGCGAUGGAACCACCACUGUGGUAUUGCUUGCAGCUGAGUUUUUAAGGGAGGCCAAGCCUUUCAUUGAAGAUGGUGUUCACUCUCAAAAUUUGAUACGGAGCUAUAGGACUGCGUGCUCUUUGGCAAUUGGGAAGAUUGAAGAGCUAGCUGUUAGCAUAGAGGGGAAAAGUCUGGAAGAAAAGAAAAGCUUGCUCGCAAAGUGUGCUGCUACAACUCUUUCUUCAAAGCUUAUAGGCGGAGAAAAAGAAUUCUUUGCAUCCAUGGUUGUGGAUGCUGUAAUUGCAAUUGGGAAUGACGACAGGUUGAACAUGAUUGGAAUAAAGAAGGUUCCUGGUGGUAACAUGCGUGACUCAUUUCUAGUAAAUGGUGUUGCCUUCAAAAAGACAUUUUCAUAUGCUGGGUUUGAGCAACAGCCCAAGAAGUUUCUCAAUCCUAAAAUACUAUUACUAAAUGUCGAGUUGGAGCUAAAAUCUGAGAAAGAAAAUGCUGAAAUAAGAUUGUCAGAUCCAGCACAAUAUCAGUCAAUAGUUGAUGCAGAAUGGAAUAUUAUUUAUGACAAGUUAGAUAAAUGUGUCAACAGUGGUGUCAAAGUUGUUCUUUCACGAUUGGCUAUUGGUGAUCUAGCUACACAGUAUUUUGCAGAUCGAGACAUUUUCUGUGCUGGUCGUGUAACUGAAGAAGAUCUAAAAAGGGUUGCUGCUGCAACUGGUGGAACUGUACAAACAUCAGUCAAUAACAUUAUUGAUGAGGUCCUUGGGACUUGUGAGGUUUUUGAGGAAAGGCAAGUUGGAAAUGAGAGGUUCAACAUAUUUAAUGGAUGUCCAUCUGGCCAAACAGCCACCAUAGUUCUUCGUGGUGGAGCUGAUCAGUUUAUAGAGGAAGCAGAGAGAAGUUUGCAUGAUGCAAUCAUGAUUGUUAGGAGGGCUUUGAAGAAUUCAACUGUGGUGGCUGGUGGAGGUGCUAUAGAUAUGGAGAUAAGCCGGUUCUUGAGGCAGCAUGCGCGUACAAUAGCUGGAAAGUCUCAACUUUUCAUUAACUCCUAUGCAAAGGCUCUUGAGGUUAUACCCAGACAAUUAUGUGACAAUGCUGGAUUUGAUGCAACUGAUGUUCUGAAUAAACUUAGGCAGAAACAUGCACUUCCUUCUGGUGAGGGAGCACCAUAUGGGGUGGACAUAGCUACUGGUGGAAUUGCUGACUCUUUUGCCAACUUCGUCUGGGAGCCUGCAAUUGUGAAGGUAGAUGCCUCAUUAUUUUACAUGUUUUUGUAUUUUGAUUCUGAUGUUUUAUGUGGAUGCUGUUUAAGUGGGUCAAUAAAUUUGCAGAUCAAUGCUAUAAAUGCUGCAACAGAGGCUGCUUGUCUUAUCUUAAGUGUGGAUGAAACAGUUAAAAAUCCCAAGUCUGAAAGUGCACAAGGGGAGGCUGCUGCAAGUGCCAUGGGUGGCAGAGGUCGAGGAGGUGCAUUCCGUGGUCGAGGACGAGGAAUGCGGAGAUGAUGAGAAAUGCAUUCUAUUACAGGUUGAGUGUUACGUGCAUUGUCUGUCUAAUACAUUGAAAGCCAUUGCAUGCUUGUUCUGAUAGUUGGUGUUGUAGAAGCGUACCACAUUUUGGGUCAACAAAUGAAAUGAAGGUAGGAUUUGAUCAAACUAGGAUUUGAAGGUAGCAGUUGUCAAGCUUUGUCUUUCUGACGUUCAUUUUAUACGUUAGAGGGGUAAACUAAUGGAUGGCUGUUGGUGGGACAUGAGCUAUUUCGUGUGAAAUUUUGCAUCAUCUUGUUCAACAAUUUUAACUAUUCUAUUUCGUGUAUUCAUAUAAGCAUGCAAUUUUUGAGUUUUUUUUUUUUUUUGGACUAUUGUAGUCAUCACUGAGAAAGUUUAAGACAUGUCUGAAGUGGGGAAAUUUGAAGUUUAAUUAGUUGUUUAUGGCAGUGGCGAGCAGAUUCUUGUAUUUACGCAAGUAACAUUUAAAGA